AUGUCAACAACAGAGAACACAACAACAGUUAUAGUCCAUGAAGCUAUAAAUGAAGAAUACGAGUACAUACAGUUUAACAAACAACUCCGUCUCAUUCGUUCGGUCAAAGACGAUAUGUACCAAAUGCAAAGUAUUUUGACAGCAUGUUUUGCUCCAGAUACUAAGCUUCCUAAAGACUGGUUUAGGAACCAAAGCACACAAGAACUUUUGAGCGAAGCACAGCGAGACAUACUUUUUUCUGAAAACAGUGAAGAACAGCGAGUAGGUAAAAAACCCCAGUCGCCAAAACUCUAUGAAAAUCGUGAAAAAUUGCCAAACGGUUUGAGAGGAUAUUAUGUACAUAGACUUCUUGUAAAUGCUGUUGCAAUGUGGGCUUCGCCUCGUUAUGCUUGGUAUAUUUACAGACUUCUUGACGAAAUUCAUAGACAAGAACGUGAAGAGAUGGAAAACAAGCUUGAAGCAAAAGACAAAAGCAUUCAGAAAAGAAUACUACGUUCGGUACCAAAAGGAAAGGAAAAGAACUAUAAGUAUAUGAUUUAUACUGAAGAGAUGGAAAAUGAAGAAGAUAAAGAUAUGGUUAUGUUGCAUUUAGUCAGAAGAAACAACAAAAGCUUUUACGACCUUGCUAAGAUUUACAAAUCUGACAGAAAUUGGUUCUAUCGCGAAAACUUACCGAUUUCAAUGACCCCAAAUGAAGAUGUGAAACAAAUAGUUCAAGAUACGUUACCUCAAACACACUAUGAUAUGAAAGGUUGUACAAUACUUACCUUCAAAGAAGACUUACCGCUACUGAAAGAAAAAAUAACAGAGUAUUUGACAACUUCAAACAAGCAGAGUAA